GUUGCUCCCUGUUGCCCAGCUCUCCCGCCAUCACACAUCACAACAAAUCAUCUGUCUCUAUUUUUCUUGACUUGCCUAUUUCUCUCACUUGUCAUAUUGUCUGGGCAUGCAUUGAUUGCCGUUGCCGCGUUUGUUGACAUUGGACAUCGAUCUUGUCGCAUUGGUACAUGCAUGCUACCGAAUCGCCGGUGCUUUUUUGUCAUCUCGUCAUCUUAUCACUUUGUCGCCUUUCAUUCCUCGUUGAAGCUUCUAUUUUUUGUAUUGAACAAUCCUUCUUUUGAGCUGCGCACCUCUACCUACCUUCAUUCUUCUCUGGCAAGCUAAUCCAAGUUGUCUUGUGACUUAUACAACCUCCGAAUUAUCUAGGUAGCUGGUUAUGAACGUUCAUAUUCUGAAAAAUCGAUAUUUGUUGCGGGCAGGCCUUCACCUCCUUUCCAGAAUCAGCCAAUCCAAAGUCACCACGAUUUUAUUACUUUGAUACCUACCCCGACUACUUCGCAACUAAGUUCACACUAUUACGAUUCACGAAUUUAUAUACUACGAAUAACGAGAACUGCGUUACAUUAUGGCUGAACGAGAUUAUGACGAGAGCAAUGAGGCCCUAGACCCCGAGCUUCUGUAUACCAAAGAAUACUGCAUUGGUGGGGGAAGCUUUGGAAAAGUUUACAAGGGCGUUGAGAGGCGGAGCGGUCAAGCCGUCGCUAUCAAAGUCAUCGAUAUCGAGAGCGCUGAAGAUGAGGUCGAAGAUAUUAUACAAGAAAUUGCCAUUCUCUCCGAGCUCCAAUCACCAUACGUCACCAAAUACUACGGAUCAUAUGCGAAAGGUGCUGAGCUAUGGAUCGUGAUGGAAUACUGCUCCGGCGGGAGCUGCGCCGAUCUCAUGAAGCCUGGCAUGAUAGGAGAAGACUACAUUGCAAUAAUCAUAAGGGAAUUGCUUUUGGGCCUUGAUUACCUUCACGCAGAUAAGAAGCUUCACCGGGACAUUAAAGCGGCGAAUAUUCUACUCAGUUCCAAUGGCCAGGUGAAGCUGGCUGAUUUUGGCGUCUCUGGACAGCUCUCCGCGACCAUGACAAAGAAGAAUACAUUCGUUGGUACUCCGUUUUGGAUGGCUCCUGAAGUCAUUAAACAGUCUGGAUACGAUCACAAGGCAGACAUCUGGUCGCUGGGAAUUACAGCAUUAGAACUUGCCAAUGGCGAGCCACCUUAUGCCGACAUCCAUCCAAUGAAAGUUUUGUUCCUAAUCCCCAAAAAUGCUCCUCCUAGAUUGGAAGGAAACUUCACAAAAGCAUUCAAAGAUUUCAUCGAACUCUGUCUACAACGAGACCCGAAAGAACGGCCGGUAGCUAGAGAUCUGCUCAAGCACCCUUUCAUCCGAAAGGCGAAGAAAACUAGCUACUUAACAGAGCUAAUUGAGCGUUAUAAUCGAUGGAGCGCAACCCAUAAGUCGGAGGAAGAGGAAACCGUGGAAGAACGAGAAGACUCGGUUGAGCCAGAACGCGUCAAUGAGGAUAUGUGGGAUUUUGGCACUGUCCGGCUAGUGAGCGGCCGAGGAAUAGUUAACCGACCUGGUUUGAACCCCAUGGAUGAAUCUACUAGGAAUGUCAGGGCAUCAAGACCGCUGGAAGCAGACUAUGGUGAGAGCCCUAGGGGAUCAUCACCGACUAAGAUUCAAGCCCAAGACUUCGCCAAUUCCUCCGUAACCAGCACUCUGAAGGCUGCGAACGCUCCGGCACUAGGAACAUCCCGGCAAUCUUCGCCUCAGCGGAAACCAGUCCCAGCAGUGACAGCCGUAUCACCUUCAAAGAUUCCACUGCCUCCCUCACCACAGAAAUACACACAAGAUCCCAGUACUCCACGGCCUUCGAGGCCGACGCCUAAUACCAGCAUGAUAUCAGCCGAUUACGAUCGAGCACUGAAGGAACAAAUACAGCAAGAUAUGGGCGCUCUCAGCAUUGCGCCUCCCCAAUCUCAAGCUACUCAUUCGCAACAACCUAUAACUCCCAAGAAUUCCCAACCGCAGCUGCAGCAGCCACGCGGAAUUCCUAGACCCAUCCCCUUCGCCCUUCCGGAAAUCCCUCCGUACCGCGGACCUAGUGCGCAACAGCAGCCUCCGCGUGGAGUCAGCAAUCAGCAUUCUAACCCGAGCUCGCAAGCGUUCGCUUCCAAGGCGCAGCCCAAGCAGCAGGCUCCUAUGCCGGACGCCUUCCCGCCUCCCGGCCCCACGAACCCAAAUGGCGAGCUAGACGCCCUGAACGACGUCAUCUUCCCGGCUCUCGAGGAGGCCCUUAAACGAAGGCAGAUCCGGCUGCAGCAGAUCUACCGCAACGAGAAGGUCAUUACCCCGCAACGGCAGCGGGCCGAGGCGGCGCACGACCGCAUCCGCAAGCACGUGUACAAGCUGGCCAACGUGUGUAAGGAGAUUGACCGGCUCGACAAGAGUGAGCCCGUGGGUAUGGGCAAAGAAGUCGGUACCUUCCUCGAGGGCCUUCUCGAAGAGAUCCUCGUCCGAGUCGAGCCACUGGAUGAAGAUGAAACGUAAUGACUGGAUUAAUUAAACGCAUGGCUUGGCACGGCACGGAACUAUAGGAGUACAUUUUAUUUCGAGAAAAAAAGAUAUACCCUGCGGAGGGAUAACGUGUUGUGUAAGUAUAUAUCUAAUAAGGGGAUGCUGGUAGUGAUGGUAUGUAUUAGACACGGGUCCUCUUCCGUUUUGUACUAUUCCCUGCCCGUCCCGGAGCUACACUAGCUAGGCUUGCUUGUAUUAGGUUCUAGAAUCCCCCGUCCCGUCUGCCCUGGAUGCGAUGCGAGGUUUGGCAUUUAUGUUGCGAAGGCGUUUAAUAGUAUUGCCGAAAAGCAGAAUAGAAAGGAAAAAGGAAAUUAUGUUACUCUGUCCCCUGUGCCUCCGACUGAGUUCUCUUUGUUCCCCGAGUUUUCUUCUACGCAUUCCGAACCUUCCUCUCCUUUCAUAUCCUCAGUGUUAGUGGAAUUAAUACCUUGCUUCUCGCUAUUGCCGCUAGUGUCGUUACUAGAACUUUCAAUACGACUAGCAAUCCUG